AUGCGCCGGGUCUGUGGGUCUCUGCGCUCCCUGGGCCGGGGCCUCCGGGGCUCGGCCCACGGCCUCCGGGCCCCGGCGGACGCCGUCCGGGCGGAAGUGGUUGAGGCGAAGGCCCUGACACCCACGAUUCGGGAGUUGCGUCUGCGCUUGGAAGAGAAAGUCGAGUUUAAAGCAGGGAACUGGGUGGAUUUCUUCAUCGACCAAGAUGGUGUAACGGCCGUUGGCGGGUAUUCUAUGAGCUCGAUUCCAUCAGAGCUUCCCAUGCUGAACCUGGCGGUGAAGCUUUCCCGGCAUCCUCCUGCAGUUUGGUGCCAUGAAAAAGCGCAGCCGGGGAAGCAGGUGAAGGUGCGACCGGGAGGUAGCUUCAGCUUUGAUCCGACCGUGGAGGGCCAGGGACUCAAGAACUUGGUCUUGGUGGCCGGCGGAAUCGGGAUAAACCCACUUUACUCUAUAUUGCAAGAAGCGCUUCAUCAUCGACAUCGCUUGCCAUCCUUGCAGCGUGUGUCUUUACUCUACUCGGCAUCGGUGCCUGCAGAGCUCGCCUUCCGUGCCCAGCUGCUCCAGCUCGCUGCCUCUGAGCCCAGGCUCAGCUUAGACUUCCGCACCACGCGAGAAUCUCCGGAGCCGCCCGGGAAACACGGACGGAUUACCGCCGAGGAUGUGGCAGCAUUGAUUCCAAGAGACCCUGCAGAGGACCCUUCCGGGUCCCUGGUCUAUAUCUGUGGCCCGCCUAAGAUGACGGACGGCCUGGUUGAGGGACUCGGCCCGGGUCCGACAGGGCUGAGCAUCCCUGCGCAGCUGAAGUACGAGAAGUGGUGGUGA